UGCAGGGUGUACUGUGGAGCUUUACAAGACUCACUCCUCAGCAAAGAAGGAUACAAAGAAUUCUUUACUUUUUAAAAAAGGUGCAAAGUUGUCUGUGCAGAUUUGAAGAGUUGGCUGGAGGUGAUGGGCAGUGCCGGUCGUCGAUUGACCAUGCUACAUCAAAACCGAACUGUGUUUGAGGAUGCAAUACUGACUAACCUGGAGAAAUCCAGCCAUCCCAAGGGCCUUGAGUGGACAGUGGUGGAACCAUCCAAUAACCCCACAACCCCUGAUCGGACACUGCCCGUCUACUUGUCCUACUUUGACAUGUUGCUAACUGAAGACUGUGCGUGGCUAUCUAAGGGGUUGGUGGAGCAUCCGGAAAUGGACCACAGCUUGAAGACAGAGCAACACAAAGAGCCAGAACAAUGUCCCAUAGUGGACAGUCAGGAGCUUUGUGUGACCACAGAGCUGGACUAUCAGAACAGUGUCCACAUAGAAGAACGAUCCCUAGAACAGGUUCAGACAAUGGUGGUUGGGGAAGUUCUCAAGGAGAUAGAAACAGCCUGUAAGCUACUAAACAUUUCAUCAGACCCAAUGGAGUGGAGUGUAGGAAAUGUCCAGAAAUGGAUUUUAUGGACUGAGCAUCAGUACCGACUGCCACAGAUUGGAAAAUCCUUCCAAGAUCUCAGUGGGAAGGAACUUUGCUCCAUGUCGGAAGAGGAGUUCAGGCAGAGGUCUCCGAUGUGCGGUGAUAUUUUAUAUGCACACCUAGACAUCUGGAAAUCCGCUGCUUGGAUGAAAGAGAAGUCAUCUCCUGGAGAUAACAGAUAUAAUGGUAACAUGCUCCUCACAGCUGCUGAACAUUCCAUCUGCCGUGAUGAGAGAUGGAUGGAUAUAGAGGCUGAUUCCUCCUGCUCAGGGCAACCUAUUCACCUGUGGCAAUUUCUGAAAGAACUCUUGCUGAAACCCCACAACUAUGGUCGAUUUAUCCGCUGGCUGAACAAAGAGAAAGGUAUAUUUAAGAUAGAAGACUCUGCACAAGUUGCAAGAUUAUGGGGAAUUCGGAAGAACCGACCUGCAAUGAACUAUGACAAGCUAAGCCGUUCUAUCCGGCAAUAUUACAAGAAAGGGAUCAUCCGGAAGCCUGAUGUUUCACAGCGUUUGGUUUAUCAGUUUGUACACCCUGUAUGAGGGAAGGAACGGACAUGUCAGAGCCCUAUGUGGUUCUCACAUUCUACACUGGGUGACUUCAAGUGUACGUCAGAACAUUGAAAGCCCAAAGCCUGCCUGAUGUUUCAGGAUGUGACUGCCUGCUCUGCCUAGAUUUGUAUUUGUAUUUGUAUUUGCGUCUAACAAACUCUUUUUCAGGUUGGUCUUCACUUUGUUUCAUUAAUAGAAACAUAUUUUUUGUACUCACCAAAUUGGGCUCAAUGUAUUGAAACUAAAUGGCCCACCAAAAUCUAAAAUCACAUGAUCACAACCAAACCUUACUUUUCUCUGCUUUUAAUGAUUGGAUAUUGUAACUCAAUUAACAUUUCAGUAGUCCAAGUAGUGUUUUAAUAGUCUGGUCAUCACCAAGACCUCAUAUUUUGUUUAUAGUUUACUUCUGUCUUUUCUAAUAUAGCAUUUUUUUUUAGCAGAGUUCAAUCAUGAAGGUCUUGUUCCAUUUUAUUGGACAACCUUUGGAGUGAGCACUUGGGAUCCAGUAGAUAGUGUUUGACGUGUGCACUGGAGGAAGCAAAUGGAUAGAUUUCUAUCCUCACUGGAGUCUUUAAAAAUGUACUGCCAACAAAAAUAUUUUAUUACCACAGGCAUAGUGGCCUGCUGAAUUAAAAUUUCUAUGAUUCUGUGAAAUGAAAAUAGUUCAUUAUAUUUAUGUACUGUAUAUUAUUUUCUCUUCCUCCCUCUCUCUCUCUAUAGAUGAGAGAACAGCAGCAAUGAAUGUUGUAAAUUUGUUGUAGUUGGAAUUAAACCCAAAGUUUAAACCACCAACAUAUUUUACUUGGGUAUGUAUGUUUGAAGUAUGCUUAUCUAACUAGAAUCUGAGUGACAGCAGUGGGGAUGUUCUACAUAUCUUCUAAAUUUGAGGAGAAAAUAGUAACCUUUUCUGUACGAAGAGUUUGAUUCUAAUUUUUGAAUGGCACAUACCUUUCCUGUCACCUAGCAGGACAUAGAGUUUUAACAGGCGUACAGCUUGUUCCCAUUCCACUUCAAUAAACUCAGUUCCAUUUUACCACAUGUGCUCAUCUAGUUCCCAUCUCAUCUGCUCAAAUUCAUACUAUUGUUGCAUAAGGAAAUUUCUAGUGAGAUCCCCUAAUCAUCAGAGGAACUUUAUAUCCAUUAUAACAUCUACUUUUGGACCAGCCGCACAUGUGGAAGCAGAUUUGUAUUAUACUGGUUUUUCACCUGAUCCCUGUGGAAUACAUUAAUUACUAAAUUCCCUUGUUUGUGCAAGGCUUGAUGAUAACUUGUAUUUUUACAAAAUAAGUACAACAUAAAUCUGAUAUAAUGGGAUUUGCAAAUAAUGUUUGUUGUACCCUCCCAAAUCUUCACUCAAACUUCCAUCUCCAUAGAUUAUUGCCAGGACUGUGAAAAGGUGCUGAUAUAGUUAAAACAUCUCAUUUCAUGUUUCUACCUAAUAACCCAAAACCCAGGGAAGUAGUGCAUUUGAAUGCUUCCACUACUUACAGUUGGAGAUUAAACCAUUAGAGUAUGUUACAACCUCAGCUCACAGGCGGUCACACAAAGAAAUCUGGCCACAACAUGAAUUACAAACAAAAGAUAUUUAUUAAAUUAUAAAGUUAAGGUAAAUGGAAGAAGGGUGAUGUGUGGUGUGGUAGUUCUGGCGGCAGAAUGGGAAAGAGAGAGUGGGUGUGGGAGUAGGAACAGCCUUGUUUUUCAGCUGUCCCCAGCGGGUGCCAGCUAUGGCAGGGAACUACAACACAGGUUAACGAAGAAAGACAGGCCAGGAAAUGUACAGGAUAUAACAAUUAUCACCAAAUAUUUGUUGAAUUUUAGCCUGAAGUUCAGUUAUCAGUUGAAAUCUUUCAUCUGUUCACUUUCCUCUUCACUUUAAAAUAAAGACAAGAUUACCUUUGGCUGUAUCAGUCAAUUAAAUAGAGCCUUAACAUAUUUCAAGCAAGGCACACAUUAACCUUUGAAUCUAACGGUACUUAAAUGGCUGAAAAUGUUUGAUUUUAGCUUGUUUCCAUCCCUUUGGAUGGGUCAAGAGUGCUAAUUCUUGCUAAUAAACCACCCUGAGUUAAUAGAGAAUAUGAAAGUGCCAUACUGCCUAUAAUGGAUAUUAAAUUGUUACACUCCACUAAUAUCAAUUCAUUGGUCAUGGAAGUUAGUUUUCUAUCAAUGGGAUCUAACAGCAGAACCCCUAUUAUGAUUCCAGAGACAACUUGUUUUACACAUGCAAUGAGAAGAGUUUCUGUUCACACUGCUUAAAUACUGCAACAGUGUGGGUUAAUUCUUGUUAACGAGAUGUUCACUAUCCUUGUUCUUGCCCUUUUCUACAUUUUGUAUAUACAUUAACACAGCUAACUACACACUGCUUGUACUUAGAGGAUAGUAAUCAAAUAAAAUAUUUGUACUAUGGUAAAUUCAGCCUAUGGGAUCAGGGAAAUAAGAUCAUAUUUCAGUGUUCAAAAAUUGAAAUGAUUGUAGAAAUUGGCACGGAAGUUUUGAAGUGUUUGCACAAUUAACCCAUGGUUAAAAAUAGAAUGGAAUUUUAGGAGCCUUAGAAUUACAUACUGCCACCAAGAGGAAAGACUAUCUAUAAAAAAUAACCCAACUCUUUUCAUCCUAUCAAGAAUCAAAGAAUAACUUCCCACUCCUUCAAUCCAACUGCAAAUACUCCUUUCAUCUGUGAAUUUGUGACCUUGGAUGACGAUGUGUUAUAUCUUUAAGGAGAACAUGGAUCAAAAUGCCCAAAGUUGUUUUUCAAUUAUUGCUUAAAAAAAACAUUGACUACUAACUGCUUAUAGUGAAUUGUCCCUAAUUUUGAAAGGAGAACCAUUGACUAGAAAUAUUUGAAUACUUUCAAUUUGCUUCAUAGAAUGAGUGUGGAGUGCUGUUGAUAAAUUGCCGCCUCUGUUUACUAUACUUUGUGUUUGUUUACAUGUCAAAGAUGGCCCAUGACACUGUUUCAACUGGAUUGGUGACUGAAGUAAUAUGGUUUUCACAUUUGUAAAGGAAAACAUUUCUGAAAAAGGCCUUAAAGCAAAUCUUUACUCUUAUUGGAAUUGCUCAGGGUGUGUGAGCACCAGAAGGGUGCUGGUAAUACUAUUUGAGUAGAGUUAUCUCCAGACUUCAAUACUUGUGACACGGGAAAGAGAUUUGCUGGAAUUGAUGCUGCAUACUAAACUCUGAGCUCAAAUCAUUAAUGACACACCAGAUUUAGUCACAAAAUAAUUUUUUUUUCCCUCUCCCCAACCAUGGUCCAAAAGGGACUGUUAAAAAUUAGCUUUGUUUUUCACAUGUACAGUACCUCGAAACAUGAAAUGAAAUAUGUCAUUUGUAAGGAUUGUGCUGCGCGACCUGGAAGUGUCAGCAUGCAUCCAGGGCCUACAUCACACCCGACUCACUGACCCUAACCUAGAAGGUAGGUGGGAGGAAACUGGAGUACCCAGAGGAAACCCUGGGAGAACGUACAAACUCCUUACAGACAGUGGCAGGAAUUGAACCCUGAUCUUACAGCUGGUGCUGUAAAGCACUGCACGAACCAUUACACUGGGAGGGAAAAGUUAUCACAUUCAUGUUCUGUGCAUCUCAAUGUAUUGAAGGAACUUUAGUAGAUUUAUAAAUCUAUGGAUUACUUAAUAAUGGAUACUAGUUUACUAGGAAAUAAUUAAUUCCCUUGUUCUGAAGGAUAAAACUGAAAUAUCUUAUAUUUAUUAGAGUGUGAAGGGAUUAAUAAAUUACCUUUCAUGCCAAGAGAGGACAGUUUUUAUUGUAGAAAAAGAGAUAAUGCUUUGGCGUGACUGACAUUUUUAUAGAAUUUCAUUUAGCUUCACCUAUUCUCCAGUUGCAACGUUACUGUAAACCCAGAACCAUUUCAGAAAGCUGUGUCAAAAGUUAGGCGAGGGCUGCAGAAGAACGCUUUUAUUUUAUGUACAUUUAAAACAAUAAAACACACAGUUCCUUUUCUCCUCUCAGACAGAAGAGGGAGAUGAUGAGUCUUACCAAGUUACUAUAAUGAUUCCUAGCCUUCUAACAAGACUGACAGAUAAAGACUAUCAGCCUUCAUGAAGCACACCCUCUUGUGACUGAGCAACAGUCUACAGUCACUCAGUGUGUAGUUGCAGGCAAACUUUUGGAACUGUUGGGCAUUUUCAACAGUUCAACACACAAAAACCUGACAAAGAUUCCACAUAAGAAAACUAAAUGUACAUUGAAGUUAACUCGCUGCACGAUAGAUGUUGUGAAUGGGAAACUAGGACCUGGGUCUAAGUCAUUAAAUGGGAAACUGUAAAUUUUUGAAUAAACUGGAGUCUGAUGAAUUUUAGAUUUUUAACACUUGCUUUCAAUAUGUCAGCAUUUUUUGUUUGAUACUAGAUUUGUAAAAAUGAAAUUGCAAAACUGUGAAUACAAUUAUU